UUGCAAACUCUUAAUUUUCACCCGGACCCAGAAGACAAACUCUUUUAAGUACAUAUUUUCCGCCAAAGAUCUUGAGAUUGUUUUAGGACGCAUAACAAGACACAAACUCAGCCCUGAGUUUUCACUCAUCCCAAAGAUCCCAUUUCUUCUUCCUUUCACUUUCAUCACUUUUCACUAUUUAAUAUCUUCAAAAGGCAACAACAAAAAUAAAAAACGCUAUCUUUCUCUCCUUUUUCCCAGCAUCCAAACACCAACUUUUUCUUUCUCUCUCCAUUCCUGGAAAAUUUCCCAGGGACUCUGAAGCUGCUUUUAUUCGAGUAGAAUGGCAUCUUCAUCAUCAUUUUCUACAUGCACACUGAAUAGGGGCUCGUUUGCUACAAAAGCAAUAAAUUUCAAUAAAGUGUUCAAGUGCAAUUUCUCAAGUCUCCCUAAUAGACUCCCUGUUAGUGCUAAGUUAUCUGCUGACUUUACCUGUUCAAGGUUGUUAACCAGUGAGAAAUCUCUGAAAUUGGAUCAAAGCCAAAGGCUUUCAAGGAAUGGGAUGCAGUGCUGUGCGUUGGAAGUCGAGGAUGUACCUACAUUUUUGGUGGGGAAGAAGUUUCAACUUGAUGAUGUGAUUGAAGCUCAACAAUUUGAUAGAGAUAUUCUAAAUGCUAUAUUUGAAGUUGCACGUGAGAUGGAGAAUAUUGAGAAGAAAUCGCCUGGAAGUCAAAUUCUCAAAGGUUACCUGAUGGCCACCCUUUUCUAUGAGCCCUCAACUAGAACUAGACUUUCAUUUGAGUCUGCCAUGAAGCGGCUAGGUGGUGAAGUUCUGACAACCGAAAAUGCACGAGAGUUUUCGUCAGCGGCAAAAGGAGAGACACUUGAAGAUACUAUAAGAACGAUUGAAGGGUACUCUGAUAUAAUUGUGAUGCGACACUUUGAAAGCGGUGCUGCUAGAAGAGCAGCAGCUACUGCAGGCAUUCCUAUUAUCAAUGCUGGUGAUGGUCCUGGACAACAUCCCACCCAGGCCCUUUUAGAUGUCUACACCAUAGAAAGAGAGAUAGGAAAACUGGAUGGCAUCAGAGUUGGGCUUGUAGGAGAUCUCGCCAAUGGAAGAACAGUUCGUUCUCUUGCCUACUUGCUGGCAAAGUACCAAGAUGUGAAGAUCUACUUUGUCUCCCCUGAUGUUGUUAAAAUGAAGGAUGACAUUAAAGAUUAUUUGACAUCAAUGGGUGUGGAGUGGGAAGAAAGUGCUGACUUAAUGGAAGUGGCCUCUAAGUGUGAUGUGGUGUAUCAAACUCGUAUUCAACGAGAACGGUUCGGAGAGAGAAUUGAUCUUUACGAAGAAGCGCGAGGUAAGUAUAUAGUGGACAAGGAAGUGCUAAAGGUGAUGCAGAAGCAUGCUGUGGUCAUGCAUCCUCUCCCAAGGCUCGAUGAGAUCACCGUGGAUGUUGAUGCAGAUCCAAGGGCUGCCUAUUUUAGACAGGCAAAGAAUGGUCUUUAUAUCCGGAUGGCUCUUUUAAAACUAUUACUUGUUGGGUGGUGACGGAAGUGCUAUUUUUUCCCCUCCAAAUUUUGCCAUCUAUUAUCGCAGCUUGCUUGGUUCCUUCAUGUGAAUCUAUGAACAACAUUUGACAAGUAAAAUGAAAAGUUUGGCUUGAAUUUCCAAAGAUUUUUUGUAUUUUUGCUAGUUUCCAAAUGUUAAGAUCAUAAAAUGAUCGGCUUUGUUGUUGCCAUAGUUUGACAUUCUGUUUGUUUGGAUUAGCCUGGCUGGCAUGACAAUGAGGUUGAAUA